AUGUUCGAGAAAUCUCUCGUCGACCUCAUCAAAGGUCUCCGCUCCCACAAGGGCAGCGAGACCGCCUACAUCGAGACCGCGAUGCGCGAAUGCCGCGCCGAGAUUCGUUCCCAGGAUAUGGACGUCAAAGCCACCGCCCUGCUGAAACUCGUCUACCUGGAAAUGUUUGGCUACGACAUGACCUGGGCCGCCUUCAAUGUUCUCGAAGUCAUGGCCUGUGCGAAGCCGCUGCAGAAGCGGGUGGGGUACUUGGCGGCCGUGCAGACGUUUCGCCCGGAGACCGAGGUGCUGAUGUUGGCGGAGAAUUUGCUCAAGAAGGACCUGACGAGUCCGAGCAUUCCGGUGUUGAGUCUGCCGUUGGUGGCCGUUCCGCAUAUUGUGACGGCGGAGUUGGCGUUGAGCGUGUUGACAGAGUUGCUGCCGAGGUUGAGUCAUAGUCAGCCGCAGGUGAGGAAGAAGACGGUUGUGGCGCUGUAUAGAUUGGCGCUGGUGUAUCCGGAGACGCUGAAGGUGAGCUGGCCGAAGAUUAAGGAGAGGCUGUUGGAUGAGGCUGAGAGCAGUAAUGUGACGGCUGCGGCAGUAAAUGUGGUAUGUGAAUUGGGCUGGAGGAAUCCGAGAGACUUUCUGAACCUGGCGCCGAGGUUGUUCGAGCUGUUGACAAGUGACAAGAACAAUUGGAUGGCUAUCAAGAUCAUCAAGCUGUUCGCAGUGCUCACACCCCUCGAGCCAAGGUUGGUAAAGAAGUUGGUUCGGCCGCUGACCAAGAUUCUGAGGGAGACGAGUGCAAUGAGCUUGCUUUAUGAGUGCAUAAGUGGCAUCAUCCAAGGCGGCAUCUUGGACGGCGAAGAGAUGGGGGUGGACGUCGAUGAGGUGGCUGAUAUGUGCAUCAGUAAGCUGAGGGGCAUGAUCAUCCUGGACACGGACCCGAAUCUCAAGUAUGUCGCUUUGCUGGCCUUCAACAAGAUUGUCGGCAGUCAUCCGAGGUUGGUUAGCGAGCAGCAGGAUGUCAUUCUGGCGUGCUUGGACGAUCCCGACAUCAGUAUCAAGAUGCAGGCCCUGGAGUUGGUCUCGGGAAUGGUCGAUGCAGACAAUCUGCAAAGCGUCGUCAACCGCCUGAUGAAGCAGCUCGCGAAUGCUCCGAAAGGUAGCCCUAACGGCGACGCCAACGGCCACGAGGAGCCUGAUACCGACCUUGAGCAGCGGCUGGUACAGGACAAGCGGAGCAAAGAGCAAGCACCUAUUCCUGACGAGUAUCGACACGAUAUAAUAACACGAAUUCUGGAUAUGUGCUCAUCGAAUACCUACGCAAACAUCACUGACUUCGAAUGGUACCUCGACAUUCUCGUCCAUUUGGUUCGACAUCUGCCACCAGACCCGGACACGAAGAACGAGCGUAGUCGACGAGAGAGUGUCAGCCUUGGCGCACGAAUCGGCUCGCAAAUAUUGGACAUUGCCGUUAGGGUGAAAGAGUUGAGGCCAGAAGCUGCCAGAUCAGCGGAAACGCUCGUCCUGGUAUCGAAUCGCAGCAUUGUCUUCGCGUCACAUGGCGGUGGGCAGUCACACGUUAUCAAGUCUGCAGCAUGGAUUUGCGGAGAGCAUCCAGCUCAUCUGGUCUCACCACAAGAGGUGCUCAAUUCUCUCAUACAUCCAUCCACGUCGAGUCUUGCUGCAGAGACUAUAGCAGUGAUCUGCCAGGCUGUACCCAAAGUGACGGCUCACAUUUGGUCAGCAGCUUCGUUGGACUGGUCGACGUCACAAGCUACGACGCUUUCGUUGCUAUUGGCAAGAACAACAACAUUCUUGGAGACUCUCUCAUCACAUCCGAAUCUUGAUGUGCAGGAACGAGCAGUGGCGUUCCUCGAGUUGCUCAAGCUGUGCGCUGAGGCUUUAUCGUCUCACCCUUCCGACGCCGACACUGCGCCGGCACUUCUAUCCACAGUAGUUCCAGCCCUCUUCAGCGGCCAAGAACUCAAUCCCGUCUCAGCGGCCGCCCAAUCCAAAGUUCCAAUCCCUACGGACCUGGAUCUGGACCAAGCCAUCAAUCCAGAACUCUCUACCAUACUGUCCGCCUCUCAAGUCGAAGACAACACAGACACAGUCAACCUCAGCAGCUCAGAUGCUGCAGGCUGCAACGUCGAUCUCUCACUUGUCGUCCGCGAAACAGCAGCCGGGAGAGUCAGAGCCGUGUCUUAUCAGUCCGCGCCAGAAUCACCUGCGACCGUAGCCCGCCGGCGCGCCGAGCGAGCUGCUCGCGCGCGUAACGACCCCUACUAUAUUGGUCCCUCCGGCACAAACACUCCACAAGACAAUGGCAACAACGACGAUCUGGACAUCGACGCCAUACCCAUCAUGGAUUUGAAGCUGGACGCACCACUAUCCAGCUCCCUUCCAUCUUCAGAGAACAAACGUCAAUCGGCGACAACAAAGAGGAAACAGCCCCGCAAGUUCGCUAUCGCAGCCGAUGAGACGCUCGAUGAUGACCCUUCACAGCCUACUUCAACGUCAACGCCGCACAGCCGGAGUGCGUCCGCCUCCCGCAUCUCCACUGCCGGGCUUACCAGACCAGGCAGCCAUGGACCGGGGCGUUCCCUCCUGGGCAUCUCUUCCUCCCAAUUGGCGAACUUGUCGUUGUCAGGCACUUCCGACGACUACGGUAACAGACCGCUGACGGCGGAAGAUCUUUUGCGCCGCGACGCUGAGGAAAGAGAGAUGGCGGCCGCUCUAGCAGAGGUGGAAAAGAAGAGACUGGAGUUGGCGAGAGACCAAGAGCGGGCUGGCGUGAGUUAUGCUGAUGGCGUAGAGGGGACGACUGUGGUCAAGAAGCGGCGGAAGAAAGCGAAGGCUGCGGAAGUGGGGGAAGAUGCGGAAGGCGAGGCAGUAGUCAAGAAGAAAAAGAAGAAGAAGCCUAAUGCGGUAGAGGAAGAGGGCGAGAUCGCGCCUGAAGGUGCUGGUACAGUGGAGGCGGGUGACAAUGAUGAUGAGCGAGCAUCAGAAGGGGUAGUCAAGAAGAAGAAAAAGGCAAAGAGACGUGUCGGCGGUGCAUCGAAAGAAGGCGACUCGACGGCCGCCGCACUUGACAACGACGCCAACGAAUCCACAGGUCUUGGCGACGAGCCAGCCUCGCACCUUCGGUAG